AGCCACUCAGCCGUCUCAGCCACACGCGAGCGACGGCGAGGGAGUCGGGGAGUCGGGCGAUCGUACGACGGCGACGCACGCACCACGUACGGACGGUCGGUCGGCCGGACGUUCUGUCGGUUCUGUCGAUCGGUGGUCAACACGUCGGUGUGACGACGACGACGGGCCAGUAACGAGGGCGGCCUACGAGCUAUAUUUCCCUGCGUGUCUGAUGAGCUCCUCCGUUGCGCCGCUGCUGCUGCUGCUGCUGCUGGUGGUAAGAUGGCUGUGCAGCUGGACGGUGGAGGGAAGGAGGACCUGAAAACACAAUUCGUCACGCGGGAGGGCACCUACAAGCUGAUGACCCUGUCGGAGUACUCGAGACCGAACCGAGUCGGCUACACCAACAGCCAGGGCAGCGCGUCCGUCAGGGUGUCCUUCGUCACGCUGCCGGACCCAGCAGACCCCACGGGCGCACAGGGCCUCGGUGACCGAAUGUGCUUCAAUUUCGGCAAGGAGCUCUACGUCUACGUCUAUCGCGGUGUCAAGAAGGCUGUAGACUUGAACAAACCAGUGGACAAAAAGUUGUACAAGGGAACGAAUCCGACCUGCCACAAUUUUAAUCAAACAACAGCAACGGCCGAUAGUGCUCCAUUGCUGGUAGGAUUUUCCACAGGGCAGAUACAGCUGAUCGAUCCGAUAAAGAAGGACAGUUCUCAACUCAGCAAAUUGUACAAUGAAGACAGGUUGAUAGACAAGAGCAAGGUGACAUGUAUAAAGUGGGUUCCCAGCUCAAACAACCUAUUUCUGGUCUCUCAUAGCUCCGGUCAGCUGUACCUCUAUAACGAAGAGCUGCUUUGCGGCACCACUGCGCCGCACUAUCAGUCAUUCAAGUCGGGUGACGGAUACGCCAUAUAUACCUGCAAAACCAAAUCCACCAGAAACCCGCUGUACCGGUGGGUGAUAGGCGCGGAAGGAUGUUGUAUAAAUGAAUUCGCCUUCAGCCCAUGUGGCACGAACUUAGCCGUGGUAUCACAGGAUGGGUUUCUGCGUGUUUUUCAAUACAACACCAUGGAACUGGUUGGCUCGGCAAGGAGCUACUUUGGUGGCUUUUUGUGCGUGUGUUGGUCGCCGGACGGACGUUACGUGGUGGUCGGCGGCGAGGACGAUCUGGUGACUAUUUGGAGCUUCCACGAGAAGCGGGUGGUGGCGCGGGGGCAAGGUCAUCAUAGUUGGGUGAGCGUGGUUGCCUUUGAUCCAUACACGACGUCCUACGGUGAUCACGAUCCCGACUUUAGCGGUUCGGAUGACGAAACGACGAUGUCGCACAACAAUCAUAAUCACUUCCACGAGAAGUCGCACCGUCUAUCCACGACCUCGCAGAGCGGUGGUGUUCACUCGAAUCGCAAUUCCUGUAGUUCUGAAUUGAGAAUGUCGGGCGGUACGUGCUACAGGUUAGGCAGUGUAUCGCAGGACACCCAACUGUGCCUAUGGGACAUUACGGAGGAUGUACUGAGGCAACCGGUGUGUGCCAAGCAAAGACCCUCUGCGGCGUGCAGCACCAGUGGCGGUACCUUGUCGUCCUCGGGUACGUUUAAUAGUGGCAAUGGAGCGGCGACAACGGUGAAUCACCAUUCGAAUUCGAAUGCUAAACAUAAUAAUUCAAAUAAUGUAAACUUCAAGGAGAACGCGAGUGGUAAUAAUGAGACUAGUAACAAUAGCAGUAGCACGAAUGCCGCGGUGGCAACCGUUAAUUCGCUGACGCAGAGGCUAGCGGGUCUUGGCUUCGGCGAGCGUAAGGGUGAUAAUCACAAGAGAAACUUUAGCCUCACUAUGCGAGGUAGCGGCACAGGUGCAACGGCGACGACGGCCAACAACAGCACGACGACAGUUGUGCAAAAUAACGGUGGCGAUAAGGCGAGCACCGGCAAUUCGACGAGUACGACGAGUAGUAGUCUGAAUAACAGUGUCGGUGGGAGUUUAGUAGGUGGGACGGGAAGUAAAAAGGUUAGUUCCGUGAUGGACGAUCCCAUGAGGUUGAUAGGGACCGCCUGGUGUCCCAGGUUCGACGAGUGUCCGGUCCUCGAGCCGCUGGUGUGCAAGAAGCUGGCGCACGAGAGACUGACUGAAUUAGUAUUUAGGGAAGAUUGCUUCGUGACGGCGUGUCAGGAUGGAUACGUGUACACGUGGGCGAGGCCCGGCCACAUGGUAGGUCCUCUCACGAUAAGCAGCACCCUGCACAGGCCAUCACACCAUCAUAGCAACAACCCUUACACUAGUAAUAUCAAUUCCAUGCGAUGUAACGACCUCUGAUGUAACCCGUUAUUUCCAAAUCGUUAUUUAGCGAGUCCGUCGAGUAGAGUCUGUUGGUCGGAUGAUCCGAGAAUUCUGUACAUAUAUACGUAGAGUUAGAAUUUAGAAUGAUGUUAUCGUGACAAAAGCACAGGAAAAUCUUGUAAUGCUUUUGGAUAGUCUUCCUUUACCUUCGUGGUGACGGAAGGACAUCUUUGAGACAAAUGAUUAUUUUGGUUUGGAAGUAUUAGAACAAGAUACACUGACGAAUUCGGUAUUAUCUUGCCGGGUGUUUGAUAUGACGAUCGCGUCGCUGUUAUUUAAGUUUUAUAUAUUACAAUCAGUAUAUUUAAUCUUAAAGAGUCCCUAUUCACAUUUAAAUCUACGACCUUAGGGUAUAUAAUUGCGUUUGAAUUCUGUUAGUAUUGGGAGGUGCCAUCAUAGAGAAAUGCAUUGAGGACUUUUUUUAAAUAUUUUUCUCUAAGUUUGUAUUGUGUAUAUAAUUACAGAAGUACAUAGACGGACGAUACUAUGAGUGAACAAGUAAUUAAAAAUAUAUAUGUUUUUUCGGAAAAUUUUGAAUCACAGAACUUUUUUUUAUGUUAGAUAUUUUUUUUAUCUGUCUACGUAUUACGAACAUUUUUCGGAUAAUCUUUCCGGGAUAUUUCCUAGACUAGAUCAGAUAAAUUACAACAUUUUUUAAUACAGUUUAUUACUCGAAAUGCAUGAACAUAGAUAUUUCAAAUUAAGUAGUGUAGAGCGCGCACAUACAUUGUGAUAUCUGUUUUUUUUUUUCAGAUGCAUUAAUAUAGUUUUAAUUAAUAUUAUUUUUUUGCGGGAAACGGAGGAGCUUUAACUUAUCUUCUAUUUAGAUGUUAUCAAUUCUAUAAUAUUUGAUUAGUGCAUGCGCUGCAAAUAAAAAAAAAACUACUCACAGUAUGUGCUUAAAGUUCAUUCAUAGUAUAGGCUGUCGUUGAUAUCUGUGCCUAAUGAUGGUCUGGUCAAGAUAUAUUCUCGCGAUGAAUAUUGCAGAAUUACGCGAGCUAUAGGAUAGAGAUCGACUACCGAUAUAUUUAUGUUUUUGGUUUGCAUCCUCGAGAGCAAUGUUGUUUGAACCCUAUGAGGUCUCGUGACAGGGCAGGCCCCUUUAUUGAAGAAAACCUUCUUUCUAUCUUCUGUAAAGUGUUAUCUAGCUUUAACCGAUCAUUAAAUAGAGAAGUCAACGAAAAAUAAUUAUUUAGCCAAACUGUCGUCUCUCAAACUUACGAUACGAGAUGCGAGAAACACUUAAUCCUUUGUUGAAAACGAUGAAUUUUGCCUUGUUGUACAAUAAAGCAAA